UAAGAACAUCGCGAGAGUUUGUGUUGACCGGUGACUGUCGUUGUCAACAUUGCUGUUCACUUUAUUGGUCAUUUCUUUUUUGCUGGACAUACCACGCUUUAAUCAAACGCUUAACUCCGGACUCCAGCAGAGGUUAUACUGUUGUUAAAACUAUUCGGAAUACUUAAAAAUAGCGUUUGCCUAUUUAUUUUUCAGAUUCAAGGCAGGGAAACCAGCUAACAUUAGCUAACCUAGCUAUUAGCUACAUUUAAAGGGUUUUAUAUCAAAACACCCACUGACAAGUCAGAUGUAAAUGUAUACAAUAGUGUUCUGAGUUAACGCCACGAUGUUAGCCACAUCCGCGUCGUGAUGCUCAGACUGACUGGUCUUUUCAGAGCAGUGACAUUACGCAGGACCGCCUGCAGCGCCGCCGACGACAUGGCGAAGGGAAAGUUCUUCUACGCCGUGCAGAAAGGAUUCAAACCCGGCGUGUACACGUCAUGGGAUGAAUGUAAGAGCCAGGUGGACAAAUUUCCCGCCGCCUCUUUUAAGAAGUUCGCAUGUGAGAAAGAUGCCUGGGCGUUCUUCAGAGGGGUUGAGCCUUCUCCAGUCCCAGAGGUGAAGAAAGCCGCUCAGUGCGUGGAGUCGGCGGACGCUCUGCUUCCCAGAAGAGGCCCGGAGGCUCUGGAGUACAUCCCCAUCGGCAGGAAGAGGUGCCACUCCGACCAGGACGCCGACUCCCGACCCAAACGAGUGAAGCCGGCAGAGAGCUCGUCUUCAAAAAGCGCAGACGGUUUCACCUACAUGGGCGACGCCGUGGUCGUCUACACCGAUGGCUGCUGCUCCGGCAACGGACAGAAGGGCGCCCGGGCCGGCAUCGGAGUGUACUGGGGCCACGACCACCCGCUAAAUGUGGCUGAGCCGCUGCAGGGACGACAGACCAACCAGCGGGCAGAAGUGCAGGCAGCCUGCAAAGCGCUGGAACAAGCCAAAGAGAACAACAUCAAGAAGUUGGUCCUCUACACCGACAGCAAGUUCACCAUCAACGGUGUGACCAGCUGGGUGAAGAACUGGAAGCUGAACGGCUGGCGGCUGAAGUCCGGCGGUCCGAUCACCAACAAAGACGACUUUGUGCAGCUGGACCGGCUGAACGGGGAGCUGGAGGUGGUCUGGAUGCACAUCCCGGGUCACGCCGGUUACCGAGGCAACGAGGAGGCCGACCGGCUGUCCAGAGACGGAGCUGCCAAACAUCCGAGGCGCUCGUGAGCUGAGGGAACAUCUGCUCUUCUUCUGCUUUUAUUCGCUGGGUUUCUCUUUGCGACGAGUCGACUUGUAACUCGAGUGAAACCCGGAGAGGUUUUUUUUUUCUGUUAAAUGUCGAUUUUUUUUUUUUUUGGUGUUUAUGUUCUAAAUAAAGUUUCUGCUUUGAAAUGCAGUUUUUAUUAUUUUUGGAUGUAAACGUCGGGAAGCGUUUGCUCCCAGUCUGCAGACGUUACUGGUAAUAAAGAUCACAUCAAACUACUUUAUUAAUGAACAUGCUGUCACUCAAAGGGAAUAAAGACUGACAGACA